GCUUUUAAGAAUCAAGAAAUCUCAUCAAUUCGUGGUAUAGCGCGCUACUAUAAUAUCCCUAGAUCUAUACUUCGGACACGCCUACGUAGGAUUAGCUCCCUAUCUCUCUACUAUAUAAGAAAUAGCGAACCUUCUCCUUUGAUAUUAAGGAACUACCCUAGUAGUUUUAAUAACUACUAUUAA